AUGGGCACCAAGGACAAAGGUAACACGGCCUCGGAAAUGCCACAGCUGGAGGUGUCUAAGCACUCAGAAGGUCCUCCCAUGGGAAAAGUGCAGAAACAGGUCAGCGCUUGGCCAGGAGCCCGAGAGAGGCCAGGGGCACAGCCUGGUCAGAGGAGAGGCUCUGGAAGGGACGUUGACGGAAAGGUUGUGCUAAAUGACACUGGUGUGGGGAAGUCCAGCAUCGUGUGUCGAUUUGUCCAGGAUCACUUUGACCACAACAUCAGCCCGACCAUUGGGGCGUCUUUUAUGACCAAAACUGUGCCUUGUGGAAAUGAACUUCACAAGUUCCUCAUCUGGGACACUGCUGGUCAGGAACGGUUCCAUUCACUGGCCCCCAUGUACUAUCGUGGAUCUGCGGCAGCUGUCAUAGUGUACGACAUUACCAAGCAGGAUUCAUUUCAUACCUUGAAGAAAUGGGUGAAAGAGCUGAAAGAACAUGGUCCAGAAAACAUCGUGAUGGCCAUCGCUGGGAACAAGUGCGAUCUCUCAGACAUCAGGUGAGAGGAAUUUAAAAGAUGUGUGUGGGGCUCAUGUCUUCCACCUUGAAUGUCUGUGCUUGAAACGCUGUCAUACCCAUGUAGUUAAGUCUGUUCUGUCAUCAUUUAACCCAUGUCAUCCAUUUGUGGUCGUCAAGGUGUUAUUUAUUCAAGCAGAGUAGAAUUGAGAGG